AUGGAGCGCAUCUUUGAUGCCAAGAGAUGCCCAGAUGAGAGCAGGCUUGCUUUCACGGUCUACAUGCUCACAAAAGAGGUUGAGCAUUGGUGGGCCAGUAUGAGCGUGAGAUACGCAAAGGAGUUGGAAUUCCUCCAACUGACGCAGGGAAACAAGUCUGUAGCAGAGUAUGCAGAGAGAUUCAAGCAUCUGGGACGCUUCUACACCAUGCCGCUCGAUGAGGAGUGGCGUUGCAGGAAGUUUGAGAAUGGUCUCAAAGGAGACAUUCGCUUAAUGGUAGCCCCGCUUUCCAUCAAGAACUUUGCCGCCUUGGUGGAAAAGGCUAGGGUUAUGGAGAAGAUGAAAUUGGAGGCCGAGAGUGAAGAGAAGAAGAAGCUGUAUGCUAGGCCUCAUCCACAGUUUCAGGGGCCUAAAGGCUUUUCUUCCUCGCCUAGAGGGAUCCAGUGCCACCAUGGUGGGGGACCACAUGUGGAGAGUGUUUACUCGCAGCUAUCAGGUUUCCGCAGGUGCAACCAUUGUGGUAGGGAGGGCCACUUUUGUAGAGAUUGUCCCACUUUGAGGAGGGCAGUGGCGCGACCUACAUAUCAGACUUCUGGUCAGACUCAGCAAAGGAGGGGAGGCAGCAGGCCUCAAGCUACAGGCAGGGUCUAUGCGAUGACGGGGUCAGAGGCAGCGGGUUCAGGUAACCUCGUCGUUGGUUGUUGUGUGAUUUCUGGCAAGUCUUGCUGCGUGCUUUUUGAUUCUGGAGCAACACUCUUUUGUGUCGGAGUCUUGUGUGCAGGAGUUAGGUCUGCUGGUGUGUGA